AUGAGAAUCAAGUGUGAUGAUCAAACCAAUUUGGAGAUGAAAUUAAAAAGCCGCAAUCAUAUACUUUUCAAACUCAAGUGUCAAAGUAUUGACAGUUACCAAGACUACACAUUAGAAAUAAGUUUUAAGAUAAUGUCAUAUCCACAAAAUCCAUCUCAACAACAAUAUUAUCCUCCUCCUCCACCACCACCUAAUGGCUACUAUCAACAGCCUCAACAGGGAUAUUAUCCUCCACAACAGCCUAACGGUUAUUACCAGCCUCAGCCACCACCACAAACAGUAAUUGUUCAACAACCAAAUCAACAACAAUCUGGAGAUGACUGUUGUUGCGCCUGUUUAUCUGGUUUACUUUGUUGCUGCUUAAUGGAAGAUUUGAUGAGUUAAUCACACCUUCUCUCUUCUUUUUUGGAUUUACGUUAUAUAAUACAUAAUAAGAAUACUUUUUUAGAUACAUACACUUAAUAAAGAAAAAAAAGAUUGUUUACUAAUA